GCGUUGGCUGUGCCUGCCCUUCCCUUCACGUUCGUCGUUCACUUUCUCGGUAUCGCUCUUAUUGUUUUGGUCUUGGUUUGGAACUUACACUUCAGAGGUGGCUUGGCUUGGGAAUCCUCUAACAAGAGUCUCAUCUUCAACAAAUUCUACGACACUAUAGAUAGUCGUUUUGCGGACUGGAGUGAAACGACUUGGAGCAAUGAAGCUCAAUUUGAGUGGGCAUCAGUUUUCAGUUUACGGCACAGUCACAUUUGAAUUCAUUUCGUUUUGUCAAUCCGAAUGCCAGUCAUUUCAUUUUUUACGUCUUGUCAAGCCAAAAGUUAUUAAAUUAUUGGUGCAGCUGUUGAUCCAUCCAGUUCUUAUGAUAAUUGGUUUAAUUGUUAUCGGUGGUGAAGCUAUUAUAAGUUACAAAUCUCUUGCAUUGAAGAAAGAGUUGAAGAAGCUGAUACAUCUUGUUCUGCACGCCAUUGCAAUAGCACUUGGAAUCAUUGGAAUCUAUUGCGCCUUCAAGUACCAUAAUGAAAGUGGGAUUGCCAAUCUGUACAGCUUGCAUUCCUGGCUUGGAAUUGUUGUCAUUUCCCUUUACUGCAUUCAGUGGCUAUAUGGGUUUUUGACAUUCUUCUUCCCUGGAGGGAGUGCAUUUCUGAGACAAGAGUCACUUCCUUGGCAUGUGUUAUUUGGGCUAAUUGUAUAUGUGUUGGCUGUGGGCACUGCUACACUUGGGUUUCUGGAGAAACUCACUUUCCUUGAGAAUUCUGGAUUGGCAAAAUAUGGUGCUGAGGCAUUGCUUGUGAACUUCACUGCUGUGAUCACUGUCUUGUUUGGUGCUUUUGUUGUAUUAACUGUGAUUUCUCAGGGCUCUACCUCUGAAGAUGAUUAUACAGCCAUUUAGACUCGUGUCCAUGUAUAUCUUCAGAUCAAUUUCUUGUUUGUAAUUCUGGUACCGAGUAUGAGGUUAACAGCUAUGUACUGUACGCGUGUAGAGUCGGACAUGGAACUUAUGUUCAUUUGCGAAUAAUAUCCGUUAAGCAUGUACUUUUAAUCUGUUAAUGAAAACUGCAUAUCAUA